CACAGCGGCGUCUCUCUCUUAUCGGUUUAUGUCGUAUGCGGCAUAUGUGAUCACGCCUUUAGGAUUAGCCGCUGCUUAACAGCUGUGCAUUUUAAGCUGUUUCUGUCGACAGCCGUCUGAAGCCGAGCUUACGCAUCCUGAGAAACCCAGCACAACCACGCUUCAGUAAUGGCUCAAACUGCCGGCUCAGUCCAGUUGGCGGGCCUGGAGCAAGCCUUCGCAAAGAAGAAGUACAAACUUGGCGACCCUGGUCUCGUGGCGCGAGCCCAGCAGCUGUCGCAGCAGCUGCACAUCAGUCCAGAUGCAUUUGCCAACCACUAUGACAGCUAUGCUCUCUGCAACGACUGGAGCAUGGACGUCACAGCACAUCGGCUCAAGGUGGUCGCGGACUACCUUGAAGCCGAGCAGCGCAAGGAGAACGCUCGGCCACGUGCCGUGCCUACCGGUGGUGUAAACAUGAAGGGCAUGCCACAGGCGGCCCGCCCCACCUGGGAGGACGUCCCCGACAAGGUCGACUACCUCACCCCCAGCGCCAAGCGCCAGGCCCUGGACCCCGCAGCAGUGAACCCUGGAACCGGCUCCAGAACCGGCGGGCCCCCGGGCACCGCUCCCAAACCCACCGCAGCCUCUGCAGCAGCAGCAGCGGCCGGUCGCAGCCCCUUUGGCAAUGGCAUGGGUGCAAUGGCAGGCACCCCACAGCAGCAGCAGUCCCAGCGGGGGCAGGGAGGGGUGCUGACGCCGGGGGGUCUGGCGGGUGCGGGCGCCAGGACGCCCACCACGGCGCCUCCGAGUGCCUUCACGCUGCGGACAAACCGGGGCCAGGUGGUGGCAGUGCUACACGAGCACCUGCCCGCAGCACCCCCCGCAGCAGGAGCAGCCUCGCUGUCCCGGCGGGUCGGGGUCCCGGUGGUGCGGCCGCUGGGUGAGCCGCCGCUGGAGGCGGGGGGGCACUUGUUCAUGAUGGAGCUGCUGGAGGGGAAGGUUAACGCCCUGGACGAGCGCAUCCUCGACUUUGCGGACGCCCUCACCGCCGCCACACGCAACCUCACAAACCCCCAGCAGCAACAGCAACCCGCCGUACCCUCAACCAACCCCGCCGCGGGCACCCCCGGACCCGCGCCUCCUCCUCCCACCUCCUCCACGCCCCCUCCCCACACGCCCCUUCCCACUCCGGGCGGUCCCGGCGGGCCCCUCCACACCCCCGGCACCGCUGCCGCCACGCCCGGCGGCCCCUCCUCCGCCCACGACCUGGAGUCGGGUCCCGCCCAGCCGCUGCUUCACUCCGUUGCGGAGGUGGCUCAGCAACCUGUGUGGGUGGCGGGCAGGAUUCUGCCAGAGGCCGAGGGCGCACCGCUGAACCCGGAGAGCCUGCUGCUGGAGGGCUGCAGGGAGGCCAGCGGAGGCGCGCGGGUGCGGCUGGACGUGUCGUGCCUGCCUGGGUUCAGGGUGUUCCCGGGGCAGUCGGUGUGCGUGUACGGACUGAAUCCGACGGGAUCCAAGUUUAUCGCGCAGCGACUGGUGACGCAUGUGCCGCCGCCGGCUCCCGGGGCUUCGGUGCUUGCUGCGGGCGAGAGCAGCAGCGGUAAUGCCGCAGAGGUGGCAGCGGCGGUUCGGAGUAGCGGCAUGUCGAUGGUGGUGGCGGCGGGGCCGUACUGCCUGACGGAGGACUUGUCGUACUCACCGCUGGAGGAGCUGCUGUCGUACUGCUCAGCCCACCCGCCUGACGUGCUGCUGCUGCUGGGCCCUUUCGUGGACAGCGAGCAUCCCUCGCUGGCCGCCGGCAGCGCCUGCCGCACCGCGGAGGAGCUGAUGCGGGAGGAGGUGCUCCGGCGCCUGGCUGCAUGGAGGCAGCAGCAGCAACAGCAGGGGGAUGCAGGUGCUGCGGGCAACACGACUACGAUUGCGCUGAUGCCGGCGGUGCGGGACAUGACGGCGCUGCCGGUGAUGCCGCAGCCGCCGCUGAGCAGCGCAGCGGCAGCGGUGGGGCCGCCGGAUACGGUUGUUGCGCUGCAGAACCCCUGCACCGCGCUGCUGGGUCCGCUGGUGGUGUCGGGUGGCUCCUCCGACCUGCUCAAGGCGCUGAGUGCGGCGGAGCUGAGCCGCGUGCGGCCGGGAGCGCAGGUUGAGCGGCUGCCCGCACUGGCGAGCCAUGUGCUGGGGCAGCGCAGCUUGUACCCGCUGUACCCCGCCCCUCCGGGCACCUGCCUGGACACCUCCCACUACACCCAGCUGCAGCUCCCCGUGGCACCCGACCUGCUGCUGCUGCCCUCCGACCUAGCGCCCUUUGCAAAGGUGCUCGCCCCCCCUGCAUGGGAGGCGGGCGCACCGCCGGGGCUCAAUAACAACAACCCGGCUGCGGGUGCGGGUGCAGGGGCCGGCAGCAGCAGCAGUGCUGCGCCGGUGGUGGUGUUGAACCCGGGGCGACUGUCGCGGGGGGGAGCGGGCGGCACCUUUGCGCAUGUGGUUGUGGUGCCUGGGGCGGGGCCGGUGGUGGAGCGGACGCGGGUGGAGGUGAAGAGGGUGUGACGUGGAGGGUGGGAGGGAGGCAGAGAGGGCGGGAGCGGCAGGGACUGAGGGUAGGGGUUUAAAGGUUGUGAGGGUUAGGGAGGAGAGGGGUAGAGCGUCAUGGUAGGGAUGGUAUGAGGAUGGUAAGAGCAGAUGCGGCAACGGCGCGGGGGUGAAGGGACCAGGGGUGACGAGGAGGGACGGGAGAAAGGAACUGACGAGCUGACGUAUGGGGGGGCUGAAAGAUCGGAAUGGGGCCGGGUUGCGCGGCUACGAGGACCCAACGUCGUACGGUGGUAAGCAGCGGAGGAGGUAAGAUCCUUGGAGAUAUUUCGAAGGUCUCGUUUAAAAGGUUUGGAAAGAGGACUGGGUUGCUGCUGCGGUGAGACUAGGUGAACCCUUUUGGACUGCGUCUUAAACGGGACUGGGAAGGGGUGAGGCUCGUUAACACUGGGGUGGAAUGGGGAACGGCUAGCCUUCGUGUGUCAGCCCGAAAGCCGAUGAGAGGGUGCCUUGUAUGCAGGCCUGGACAUAUUUAGUGCUGAAUGCCGGGACAAGGAAUUCUGUUGCGUAUAGGUACUGUAGACAUAUCAUUCGUGACUUGGUGCGUGAAGGCGUCAGCUGGAGACGUUGUAAGUGCAAGCAGCAGCUGUGGCGGGCUGUUGAUGCCAUUACCGGUAUGCCAAGGCGUUGCAUCAUGGUCCCCAAACCAUGUGGCGUGCGGAGGAGGCCACCUAGAGCUGUCCAGGAAGCAAUCAGCAGGCUGCGAAACCACGCGCCGCUUGAGAGGGACAUCUUGAAAGUAGGGACUACAUGAAGGC